UUUGCCUUGCAAGCAGCAGCAUGGAGUCCUGACAGCCGGGUGCUGCUGCUGGCCUUUCACUCCACGCCCACCCUUGCAGCCGUGCACAUUGCCCGCUCGCCUCCCGCACUCGACAUCCACGUGCUGCCACUGGAGCUGCCCGAUCUGGCAUCGCUCAUGGUCAAUCCCAUGCUGCCCCCCGGAUCAUCUGCCUUUGGAGGAGUGCAGGACAUGGCAUGGGACCCCUCUGGAAGGCGCCUAGCCAUCUCCUUCUCCUCCUCUCGCCCGGACACAGCAGGGGUGGUGGCGCUUUUUGACACACACCUUGCUCCCAUCCUCACCGCUUCCCUCCUUGGUGUGAUUCGAGGCCCAUCAACAGCACCACCACCCCCACCACCGCAACUUGUGGCAUCAUCGUCCUCCUCACCACCACCACCACCCCCAUCGCCACCUGUGGCACAAGCAGGGGAGCUCCCAGUUGCGCCUCUUGCCAUGUCAUUCCGCCCCAACUUCAAGCACGGAGCUCUGCUGUCCGUUGUGUGGUCCUCUGGGCUCUGCCGGACGUACCCGCUGCUCAGUUCCUAAACCCUCGCAGGUUAAAAGUGUAGUUUGAGGCGUAUCAAUACUGGCCAUGGCGCACCCGCUGCUCAGUUCCUAAACCCUCGCAGGUUAAAAGUGUAGUUUGAGGCGUAUCAAGACUGGCCAUGGCGCACCCGCUGCUCAGUUCCUAAACCCUCGCAGGUCUCUGAAUAAAUCAACCUGGUCCUGCGACUCCUGCCAUAUCAAACUGGCCAUGACUUAGCCAGAAUGUUGGAACUUACUAUGCGAGUUGUGCUUCACCAGUUCAGCUGCAUAGCCGAUGCAAGAUUUUGAGUUCAAAAUACGGUGCACUGUAGAUGGUUUUUGUGGACACCAGUGGUGGAUGCUGUUAGAAUAAUGCGGCAGUCUGCAUAUAACUGUCAACUU